AUGUCCUCCGAAAUUCCCACCGGCGCCGUCCAAGACAACGAUUACACCAUGCGGUCCUCCCAAAAAGGCGGUCCUAUCCCCGUCCAAUCCGACGAUGCAAAAAUCGAAGAUCCAAUUGACGCUGAAGUCGCAGACAGCGAUCAACAACUUGUGAAAGAUGACAAAGAAGCGAUUGACCAGUCGAAUAUCAUUUCUGGGGGCCGGACAAGAGGUGCGAAGCCAGAGGGAACUUAUCAGGAGCCUGGCGAUGAGGAGGGACUUCCUGAGGAGGAUGGGAGGAGUGCUAUUGCGCAGUAG